AGGACCGAAAGUUCCGGCGGUGUUGUUUCGAACAGGAAGCUAACCGUUCAAAACAAACGUUAGCUCAGCUUGUGAUUUUUUUAGCAGUAUAUAUGACAGUUUGUUGCACAUAAAACAAAGACGCUUCUUUUUUCUUAAAAACUGUUUCCAUGGAGACUCCAGAGCCAGGCCCAGCCGAUGGAGAGGAACGUCCAGUGGAGCUGCGACCCCGGACGCGCUCCAACCCCGAAGGUGCCGAGGACCGACGCAGCAGCACUGGCAGCCUCGGAGGCAACGGGAACCCGACCAUACCUCAGCCGGCAGUGGGGAACCGCGUGGAGGGCGAGGGCGAAGCCUCGACCACCGACAGCCCUCUGAGCUCUGUCUCAACAACGGUUUUGGCCACUACAUCUCAGGCCGUGGUUCCCCCUGUCACCGUUUCCGUGGCAGCUGGUUCUGGAACAGCAGCUGGCACCACGGCCCAGCUGUCAACUGCAGCUGUGACGGUCAAAGAACGGCCGAAGGCCCCUCACCAGCAGCCCGUCCUCAGUACGUCCAUUCCUCCACCAGCAGAAUACCAGCUCCGAGUUCCCAGAGUCAACUGUCCAGAGAAAGUGAUAAUCUGUCUAGAUCUUUCUGAAGAAAUGUCCUUACCUAAGCUGGAGUCUUUUAACGGAUCUAAAACAAACGCCUUGAACAUAUCCCAGAAGAUGAUCGAGAUGUUUGUGAGAACAAAACACAAGAUCGACAAACGACACGAGUUUGCUCUGGUUGUCAUCAACGAUGAUGCUCUGUGGCUGUCUGGCUUCACAUCUGAUCCCAGAGAGCUGUGCAGCUGUCUGUAUGACCUGGAAACCAAUGUGUGCGAGUCCUUCAACCUGGAAGAUCUCCUUAACGUCAUUCGUCAGAAGAUUGAGCUGCCAUCGAUGGAGAACGUUCAGACCAUCCCGCCUCCCUACGUGGUGCGAACUGUUCUCAUCUACAGCCGCCACGCGGGGCCCAUGCAGUUCAACCCUUCAGAAGCUCUCAGUAAAAUGCUGCAAUCUCCAUAUUUCUUCUUUGAUGUUGUUUAUUUGCACAACGGGAUGGAGGACCAAGGAGAUGAGACCAGCUGGAGGGAGACCUACACUUCGUUCUGUACCCUGGACUCCAAAGGCAUGUGUUAUCGCUUCGAGGUUUCCCUGAGUGGACCCGCCAUCGAGCUGCACAACUGCAUGGCCAAACUGCUGGCUCAUCCUCUGCAGAGACCGUUCCAGAGCCACGCGUCCUACAGCCUGCUGGAGGGGGACGACACCCCGGACACGGAGGCUACAGUGUAAAACGGACAAAUUAAAACGGCCUCACUCAUCUGUGAAAUCCACACAUGCUGCAGAUUCAGCAGAACUUUUUAUUUUACUUUAUUUUUUAUCUGAAGGCACAAUGUUACUGUUAUUUUUUUCUUUGGUUUUGAACAAACGUUGUGAGAAUGUCUGGGAAAUGAGGGU